AUGUUCAGGUUUAUUCACCUCGACAUCCUGGUCAGCCUGUUUGGCUGUUUUGCAUUGAUGCGGGCACAGCACCAGCAGCAAUCCCACCAGCAGGAGCUUUCGGGGCUACAACUCCACCAUCCCCCGUGGCUGUACUCGAUGCCCUGGCGACCUUUGAUCCUGCCCACAGCUAGCCCAUUGCCUUCCUUGGCGGCGCUGGCUCAACUGAGUCCUGGCUACACGGGUCCGCAGACCUUUCCUCCAGAUGCACAACAGGACCAACGAUCACAAACGCAGCAACAUCCGCAGCAGCAACAGGCGCAGCAAUAUCCGCAACAGCAGCAAUAUCAGCAGUAUCAGCAAUAUCAGCAGCAACAGCAAUAUCAGCAACAACAGCUGCCUCAGCAAUACCAGCAGGCAAAUCCGCUGCAGUUCCAGCAUCCGUCCGUCCUGGUGGGCUUAUUCACUCCCCAACUGCAGGCCCCGCCGUUGGCAGCUCCUCCUCCACAGGCUGGCCACUUCAGCCUGCCCUUCAGGCCCUCCCCCUUCGCCGGGUACACGGAUGACGUAGAUGGAGAGGUAGCGCAGGGUCAGGGAAACGCUUUACAACAGCAAACGGCCCAACAGGAACUGGAGGAAGCGCCCUUCCAUGACCAUGCCUAUAAUAAGCCAGUGGCGGAGGGUUCCGAGCAGCCAAGGGGCUACGUCUACUUAGCGCCCAGUAAUGCCUAUAAUCUCGUAAGAACUUAA